GAUGGGCGGAGGGAGCGGAGAGAGGAGUGGAGGGAGCGCAGUGACCACAAUGAGGACAGUACGGGCAGACAGUAGUACGGAGAGGACAGGAGAGGCACUACAGACAGUACAGACGACACACCACCGACGAUGGAAGUACUCUCUACUCUCGGCGUAUCUGUGGGGGGCGAGGGCGAUGGCGAUGGCGAUGGCGGCCGGAGCAGGAGCCGGAGCAGGAGAAACGAAGAGGGAAGAGCGAAGAGGGAAAGGGGAAGAGCGAAACGUACAGUACACCACGGACGGACAAUAGCGAGAGUGCCGCCCGCGGAGAAGAAGAAGAGGACGAGGCGAGAAGAACGAGAAGACGCAGGGCGUGGGCGUGGACGUGGGAGUGCGAGUGGGAGUGCGAGUGCGAGUGCGAGGGCGAGGGCGAGUGCGAGGGCGAGGGCGAGGGGCAAAAGUCACGAGUAA